GCUUCUGUGACCUGUAGCUUGGAGAGCCGGAGCCCUUUCCCAGAACACUAUAGGGGGGAAAAAAUGCUUCAGUGAUCCCAGAGAACUCGUAUGUUUUCUGAGGCUUUUGGGGGGGCACGAAUUGGGCCGCGUUUCCUUAGCGAACUGCUUAAUCUUGAAGCCUGAGCGGAAAAUAAAAAGCGUUCGCAGCCCAAUUUCCGGAGGACCGAGAUUGCGACGAACAACCAGGAAGCGACUGGGCUGGGAGCUGUCCCCGGUUCUCCGCUCUGCUCUCGAGGACACCUCCCGGGUUCCCUGAGACGCGGCCCCCCCACCCCAGCCCGCUCGCGAGGCCCCUGCCUUGACCUAGGCUCUGACCCCGGACAGUCACUCCGGAGCAGCCAUGUCGUCCGACUUCGAAGGCUAUGAGCAGGACUUCGCGGUCCUCACUGCAGAGAUCACCAGCAAGAUUGCGAGGGUCCCCCGACUCCCGCCUGAUGAGAAGAAACAGAUGGUUGCAAAUGUGGAGAAACAGCUUGAAGAAGCAAAAGAACUGCUUGAACAGAUGGAUUUAGAAGUCCGAGAGAUACCACCCCAAAGUCGAGGAAUGUACAGCAACAGAAUGAGAAGCUACAAGCAAGAAAUGGGAAAACUUGAAACAGAUUUUAAAAGGUCACGGAUCGCCUACAGUGACGAAGUACGGAAUGAGCUCCUAGGGGAUGAUGGGAAUUCCUCAGAGAACCAGUUGAUAAAAUUACGUGAAGAGAGGGCACAUCUGCUCGAUAACACAGAGAGGCUGGAAAGGUCAUCUCGGAGACUAGAGGCUGGAUACCAAAUAGCAGUGGAAACCGAGCAAAUCGGUCAGGAGAUGUUGGAAAACCUCAGUCACGACAGAGAAAAGAUACAGCGGGCACGUGAAAGGCUUCGGGAAACAGAUGCUAAUUUAGGGAAAAGCUCCAGGAUCCUGACGGGGAUGUUGCGAAGAAUCAUCCAGAACCGCAUCCUGCUCGUCAUCCUCGGGAUCAUCGUGGUCAUCACCAUCCUGGCGGCAAUCACUUUCUCUGUCCGAAGACACUGAUGUAUCUGCUCUCCCCUGAUAAACAGCAACGGCCGCUUGUUCGGAGUAAUUAAGACAAAAUGGUCACAUGAAUCAUUCUUUUGCGCUGACAGGCCCCGGGUGACCCCGUCUCUCCCUCACCACUGUUCAGCUGAAGUGCAAAGAGUGUAAAACUAUUUUCUAUUUCUGUUUGCAUGUGGGUUGGUUUCCUUUUCUAGGUCUGUCUUCAGCCAGAUUUGUUUUUUCAUAGGGGAAGGUGAAUGUUUAUUUGCCUCUUGGUAAUUUUCAUCAAUUGACCAAAAUAGCCUUGGUGACAUUCUUCUUUGUCCUGUGGACAUGUCAGGGGUCAUGGUUUGGGAGAGGGUGUGAUGAGUCACUCACAGGAGCAUCUGUUUGUCACAUGCCGCUUGUCACUGAAAAGCCUCCUGUGAUGUCUAAGGAUAAAAAUGCAGAGAAAAGCAGGGGCCGGAGCCAGUGACCUACCCCAGCAAACCAACCUUGUUCCUACCCAGGCAUAAGGACUAUAGUCAGCCUGCCUGAGUGCUUUCAUUGUAAAGGUGGGUAUUUAAUGUCAGCUGUGUGGGAAACUGACUUAGCACUUUCCCUGUGUUUCUAUUGCAUCAUUUCUAUUUAACCUGAGACUAUUUCUGCUAAGCCUGCCCAAAAUUCACUUUUCACAACUUUGAUUAUGGGCUACAAGAAAUAUUUCCUGGCCUUCCCCAAAUUCCAUACUCCCCAGAACUUCCUGGCAGAGGGAGCCCUGGUGCGGUAUUUAAUUGUGACCUCGUCUUCCCUGACCUGUGUAAGCAUCCCUGUAUCCUUUCGGUUUUAAUAUUUGCACUGCCAAAAGCAGCCCUCAUACAUGCAAAAGGUCUGACAAGGUUCUCUCCACAUCCAUUCCAGUAUGUAAAGAGAACAUGAAUAUUUCAGUAAGAGCAAGAACAAGACUCCAUCAGUGUGAAAUUUCAAAUGUGAUUAUAUAAAUAUGGGAGAGUCCUAUAGGAUGAUCCACUAGAAAUAAACUUUAUGGAAAAUGUUCACUAACCUCCUUUAAAAGAAUAAGAGAUUGCAAAUUGCCACAAAAGGAACGGUUUGGAUUUUUUUUUUUUUUUUUUUUUUUUACUAACAAUUGUUAGCAAUGCCUUCCUGAAUUCACUGUCUUCAAACCUCUAACAUGCUUUGUGAUUUUUUUUUUCUUUCUGUGUGAGGUAACCAGGAAUUGCAUUCAAAAUGAGUUCAUUUGUGAUCAGGCUUAAAGGUUGCCCAAGCUGAGGCCAUUUUGCCCCUAGUCAUAAAGCAAAAUGUGUUUUUCUUAAGACCUCAUAGGCAUUUACUGGUCUGUACUAGCUUUUGAAUAUAAUUAGCAGCUUUGAAUCCUUGAAAAGCAAACCUGUUCUCGUCAUCAAAAAUGCUAACCACCUGUGCCCGUGGAUCAAGAUUACCUGGAUACAGCACUCGCUAUUUUUUUCCCAACUCAAAAGCAAACCAUUACAGUUUUGAGAGGAAAUGCAGAAUGCAAAAAAUCCACCAGAGAAAUUGUACUCGUCGAAACAGGCGAGGGCCCGCGUGUGUUCAGAUAAAUCAUUUAGUAUUGUGUAAAUAAAGCCGCAGUCUUGACUUCGGAAGGAUGGUGUGGGAUUUUGGCCGAGCGAAGUAGGACAGUGGUGGAGCGGGAAGCUAUGCUAAUGUUCCUGUCAGCCGAAGGGAUCCAUCUCAGCGAGAAUCUUGUCUUCCGAUAACAGAAUUCUGUACGUGCUAAACACAUCUAAGAAACCAUUAGAAAGCAAGGAAACAAACAAACAACCCCCUUUUUAUUCUGACACACUAAUAGUCGUGGAGUAUUAUAUCAACCCCUCCGGUGGCUUCCUUUGAAACUGUUGGUCUUAGCUAAAGUGUGCGAGCAGCUACCGAGCGACACUUCCGUCCACUGCUUCCCCCAGGCCACCUAGCGAGCAAGGGUCAUCUGAGCUCGCUGGCUCCUAAAUAUCUCACUGAAACCUUGCACGCCUGUUGAAGAGGUGAGACGAGGAAGGGGCUAUGGCUCACCUCACCUCUCUAUAGCUUUUUCUUCUAAGUUCUAUGUCUUUAUCAGCUCUGGCCUGUGAUUUCACCCCAAUUCAACCUUGGGAGUGGGCAGCACAGGAACAGGUAACCUUGGCCUAACAACUCUAUCAAACCACCUGCGAGCAACAGCCCCGACCAGGGGAGUGAGCACUCUUCGAGGAACCUGGUCUGAGGGUCCCCGAGCUGCUUCCUGGCCCCCCUGGCUGCUGCAGAAAUGAGUCAGAGGAGCCCCCCAGGCAGGCCGGCUGUUCUCUCUCCUUCCCUGCUGCACGGGGGGAGGAAGGAAGGAAGUCCACAGACUUGAAGGAGGCUGUGGAACAGAUCUGGGAGAGGUUCUAGGUAUUAAUAUGUAGACUCUGAUGGAUGAAUGUGUCUGAAGUUGGGAGCCCUUGUUAAAAAUGAUGUUUCAUGGGGGUGGGGAGAUGAAGAUGAAGACAUGGAGGAGGAAGAAGAGAAGGAUGCCCUUGCCAUAUAAAAUUCAUGCAGACUAAACAGUUUCCCUGACAGAAUAAAUAAAGUGGCUGCUACCCUGCUCCAGAAUCAAAAGCAAUUUAAUUAAAGUCUCUUAAGUUGCAAAGAGUUGUAAAUGCUCCGUGUUGCAGGCGAAUGCCUGCAAAUGCAGUGGGCUUGACGUCAGCUUUCAGGCCUGGGCUGGGAGGCCAUUUGCUAUUCUGUUUAAGGCAGGCUGGAUUGUCUUAUUUUGGAACCAGCUUGGUGGGGGGUUUGCUUUGCUACUGCUUCUGAGCCCUGAGCUUCAAAGGCUGAAAUUAAUGGUGAACAAAAUUGUGCGGCUCUGGCCAUCCCAUGCGGGGCAAGCCCAUUGAGGGCUAUCAUUAAGUGAAGAAAUAAAGGGGAAAAAAGCCUGCCUGUUCCAAAAACCUCAUCAGAUAAUGACCUCAGUGAUUGGGUUUUCAUUACCAAACAGCAUCCAGAGAUUACCAACCCAUGGAAUGAGGGAGGGGGGAAAAAAAAGAAAGAAAGGAAAAAGCAACUGUCUUUCUCUCCCUCUCUCCUUUUUUUUUUUUUGCACAUCUUUUCUUUAAAACUGUCAGAUCAUUUCAGUAUUUCAAAUCCGAGGAAAACAGCCUGCCUGCUGCUGUAUUUGAAGUUGUAAUGGUGUCAAAAAGUCACGACUGACUGACAGCCGUCAGUCCCAGAGGGGCUCAUUAAAUCAUAAAAACUUGACAAGGAAAUAAUUGCGCAUCGCCAGCAACUUGGCGCCUGUUUAGACGUUUUUAUUUUCUUUCAUUAUUAGUCCCCACCAUUACGUUCAUUAACAAAUUGCAUUAAACAACUGUUAAGGGCUAAUGAUUUGUUUAUCGCUUUUUUUUAUUAUUAUUAUUUAAACAUUAGCUGUGUCAUGUGGUACCCUAGCAGCCUCUUGCCAUCAUCUGACUGAAUAUUUUUCCACUCCGAGCUCUGGGUACUGUUGGAAUAUGAAAUAGAUUAUUCAUUACUCUCCUCUUUGCCACUGAUUUGGUUUCAUGUAGCGUCUUCCACAGAGAAAGAUGAAAACUUGUCAAAAAUAGGUUAUAUCUUAUUCGAAGGGGCAACAAUAGCAGCAGGUACAGGCACACUUUAAUAUUUAAUUAAGGUUGAUGUUAACCCCUUUAAAUGACUUUAGCUGUAAGUUAUAUUCAAAUGCAGAAGAGAAAAAUAAUUGUUCUUAAUUUGCAACCUGUUCAGCAGGCAUUCUUCGUGGAGUUAGCUGGAAAUUUAGAGCAGAAUUUUUAAAUAAUGAAAUUUCCCAUCAUAAAUAUUUAUAGCAGUUUGUCUACGUAGUUGAGAAUUAACUACAAGCGAUGAUUUCCUCAUCUCUUUGGUUUGAACUGCUAGCCUAGCGGGGCACUCGGUGCCCGGGAGUGGAGGUGGCUUUUUUGGGAGAAAUGAGCAUUUGGAGGGAAGGUCUGGGGAGAGCCAAGUCCUGAUGGUUGGUUGUGGCCAGCGCUGGCUUCAAAGGAACCACUGUGUGUCCCCAGUCUCUGGUCCACUUGCCUUCCCCUUUAGCUGAGUGUGUGGUUGGAGAGCUGUGGUCUGGCGGGAGAGUAAGAGGGACGUCUUAGAGGAAGACGUGGUUCAGGGAGGGUGUGAUGGGGGAGUCUUGGGCAUCUCUGUGCAGUCGGCUGGAGCUCAUUACAUACAGGGCUUCCCUAACAGACAACAUGAGCAUCACUCUACAUGAAUGGACUUUCUGCCCUUUUUCCUUUCUGUGACUUGCCAUUGGUGACUUGAUCAGCUUCUCCAUGGGCUAUGAGCUUGAAGGGAUAGAAAGGACCAAGCUCCAUCAUCGUCAUCCUAAAUCAGACAUCAGUGACACAUUCUCUCUGCCACAACUGCUGUCUGUCUGUUCACCCUGUUUGUUAGAUGAGUUUAUAGAACCCUGGGAGCCACCUUCAGGGGCCUGGUUUAUGGACACUUGAGGCCAGCGGGGGUAACUUUCUCCCAUCUCCAAAGGGACCAGACCCCUUAGGUGGCUCAGCCAUGAGCAUGAGGGGAAGAGGUGGUGCGUGUUCCCUGCUCAGUGCAGCAUCUCCCAGCAUUGCCCCGCCCCGAGGUCCUGCGGGAGCUGUGGACGGGAGGGGCCAGGCGGGCAGGCAUGAGCCAGGUGAGGCCUGGUCUUCAAGCUUCAUUGAUCGCAGUAGGUGUGGAAACAGCAGACACUCCCUUGUAGGGUCUCAAGCCUCCAUUUCAAUCCAGUCCACAUUAGCCAUGACAAUCUGCCCGCCUUGGGAUGGCCUCCACACCUCAGCAGAAGGCAUGUUCAGAGCCAUUUUUCCAGAAGGAAGGAAGGCUCUGCGGUGAGCCAACCAUCCCCAGUCUGACUCCCAGCGACUCUGGUUGAGGGUGCUGCCUGAGAUUAGAAACCAGCCUCAAACUUGACCUUAUGCUGUGUUGCAACUCACCAACUUUAAACUAGACCCCCAGAAAUAUGCUUGUUUCUGUGGCUUUACUUUGCCUGGGACCCACCAGUCUCAGGCCAAGGGCAUCUGCCAGAGACUGUCCACACACUGUGAUCAGACGAGUGGCUCUCAGGCAAGAAGCCAGCCUUUGUUAACUGGGGCAGGUGACUGGGUGGACAGCUCAGAAAAGCUCUUGAAACCAUGGGCACUGUACCCAAGAAGGGUGAGGUGAAAGGGCAACCAGGCACAGCCAGGCCCAGGCAGAGGAGAGUGCAUGGUUGGAGCCGAGGCAUCGUGAGAUGGGUGAUGGAGCCAGGGUCAGUGUCCCCUCCGUUGUGCAGGUGGGAAGACACAGGGGUGCUGAGAGAGGUCCCCGUCUCCGUUGGGAUUCCAGGUCAGUAGCAAGGAAAACGCUCCAGAGCCAGCUCACCAGAGGCAAGUAGGGCCACCAAGAUGGCAGGACACGGGGGAUGGGAGUGCCUGGGGAGUUGGGGACAGACGGUGCGUGGGGGAGGGGCAGACCCACCAGGCAAGUAGGCCCCACCUUGUACCACCCUGAGCCCAUCACGGCCCUUCUAUAGGAGGAGCCAAAGAAGGGGAAAGACAGGGCGUCUCUCCUGGGACCCCAGCCCGAGCCACAGUCCCAGUGGCCACACCGCAGGGACCCCCAGGGGACUGUGGGGAAAGCACUUCCCCCUGCACUGCUCUUGCUCAUGCUGCAUAAACAACGACGGCAUCACAGGGGGGAAAUGCCAAGCCGCACAGCUCCGGCCUGUGAUUCCGUGCACCGCACCCCCCCCCCUUCGUCCAAACAAGGCCCUUUGGCGUGAAUAAUAGCUCCGCGGCUCCGAAGCCCGAUCGAUCAGCUGCACACGCAGCAGCUCCGGCGGGAGCCGCCUGGGCUUUUCCUGGGGGCGAGACCAGCACACGCGGCGCAGCCGCCUCUCACCCCCUCCCGGGGACUCCCCCAGGUGUGUUCAGGAGGGGACAAUACCACGGGGAGCCCAGCCACUUCCACGGCUCCACACCACUUUGUUACCUCAGCUUUUCUGUUUUUAACUUAUUUUGCCAGGAAAAGUACCUAAGUUAGAAGGAAAUGUUUUUUUCAUGAUGAGGCCCCACAGAGUUGAAAAUGAACACAUCCUCUGGCUCCAGCUUCUCUCCAGAAGGUUCUGUCAAGGCCCCAGGCCACAGAUGCACCCUCCGCUGACACUUAGGCCCUACUGUCCACCCACAUGGGACUAAGCACUUGGCAGGCUGUGCUGCAUUUUCCUGUUGGUUUUCCCUGUCUUACGCCAUCAGAAGGAAGAGGAACAGAGAAUAUGGCCCAAUGCAUCACCUUGGGGCAUGGGGGGUUGUUGCCAAGUUUGGUGGAGAAGUAAGUGUCAGCCCCAGGCUGGUGAACCAGCAGAGACCGAAGCCCACGUGGCCCCACUCUCUGAGACUCCACCACUGUCCCCUUCCCUUGUCUGCAUCUCUUCUGGGCACAGGAAGUGGCCAAGGCCUUGACCUUGAGGCACGUACAGUUGUAAGGUCAGGUCAGCCCCUGCACAGUGACACCCUAGGGGCUGGUAGAUGCCUGUAAUCCCACCUGAAAGAGUCACUCCUUUGGUCUCUGACCUUGAGUGCUGGGAAAAUGCAGAUUCAUUUUCCCUAGACAGCUUCAGUGUGAAUUGUCUGGCCGUUUCCUAGGAGCAGAUUUGGGGUUUGGUGGAGGGAGACCCACCACCACGCAAGGGGGCAUUUGCUGGUCUUUGGGAGAAGUGUUGUCAAGAUGGGGGCUGUGGGUGCCUGGGCCAGUUCCCUGCAGAUUCCUCUGUACCAGCUGCCCUGAUGGUGAGGGAGGGUUGCCGGGACAUAGCCUUGUCAUAGAAGCCCACACGCCUGACCAGGCCCCCAAUCUUCUAAGGACUGUGCUCUGCGCAGGGCCACACCCAGGCACACACAGGGUCUGAGAAUGGGCUCUGCCGGGGAGCAAUAACCAGUUGAGGAUGUGCUGGCGGGUCUUCCUCUCUCUUGGAGAAAGAGUAGGAGAGCAGGGGAUGGAGUUAGGACAGUUAACCCUGAACUCUGGCAAGUUGUUUCCCUCGUCUGGCCCUGCUGAAGCUGAGCAGCCCAGGGCCGCUGUGGCACAAUUUGGCCUUUGGGGAAAGGCCCCAGAUGGAUUCUGCAUGUCCUGAGCAGACUUCCCCACCCUGCCCCAUGCAGGGCUCUUGGCACAGGGGGAUGUUGUGACCAACAGAGACUCUCUGCUCAAUUUCCAUCUCCUUUUAUUCAUCUAAGCCCACCCCACCCCCAAGGGUACCAGACAGCAUUUCUAAAGAAAGGGGGAAAUUCAAGUGAGAAGAACUAGAUGGCUUCGAUGAGCUCAUCAUUAUUGUCCCCAACAAGACUUCUAAAUAAUCAGACCUUUCUCUGUUUGAAGCAUGGCAGGUGUGAUCAGACUUAUUCAUCCACUCAAUGAAUAUUUAUUGAGCAUCUACUAUGUUCCAGGCCCCGAAGACACAUGGUCAAGGAGAUAGGUAGGAGAAGGAAGAUCAUCUCACAGCACUGGGGCUGGAGGUCAGAAAGCUGUUUCCAUCCCCAGGAUCCUGAGUGGUUCUCUAAUCUUGGGCAGGUCACUGUCAAGCUCUUGAAAUCCCACUGAGACGUCCCUACCUCUGCUGCCUUCCACUGUCAGCCCCUGACGUUAAUGCCAUCACCAUGAAUUACCUGGCAAAGUCCUCUCCAGUGGGCAGUGCUGUGUGUUCAUUCCUCGUUGCAAUUGCCAUGACUACAUUUGCAAAAGAGCCCUCCCUGACGGAGCCUGAGGAGGGUCGACACGUGCCUGCAAGUGGGUAGGUCCCCAUCAGCCCUGGUCCCACAUCCAGGACCAACCUAGGAGAGGCAGGGGGUAGGAACGAGGCCCGUUUAGAUCUGGGCUGACUUGGAGGAUUUUUUUUUUCUGCUUAUUAAAUGAUAAAGGUUUGACUUGGCAGGCAAUCAGAAGCCCAAAAUAUCAUAAAAGGGAAAAAAGUUGCCGCGUGGCUAAGAGGUGCACCACGGGAGUGUCGCUGGGCUCGCCGGUGAGGUGAAUUGCUAAGCAAAGAGCAGCGAGCAGGGAGGAAAUGGAGCAGGAGACGUUUUCAAAGGCUUCUCUCCCCUUCUUCUCCUCUCCCUGUCCCCCAUGCGGAAAGGGGAAAAUAGCAGCAGAAUCCAGAUUUGGGCGCGUGGCCGGUUUGGUCCCUCCCGCACGCGCUCCCCCAGACAGGGAGAAACUUUGAUGUCUGGCCGCGUGGCAUCGGAGGGGCCAGGGCGCCCCGGCACAUGCAGCCGCACGUUCCGGCCUCCGGACGGCCCCUCUGAACUCCUUUGUGAGGGGAGAUGAAACCCACAGAGCCCGGGAGAGCAGGGUUUUGAAACGAGGAAGCGUGGACUCCGCAUCCCUCCAGCCCGGCGCUGGCUGCGUUGGCGAUGGCGUGGGCGGCCAGAGCCGAGCGGCCGAGGAGCUCGGAUUCACGGAGCCUUUGAGCUGUGCGGCUUCGGGGGCCAUUUUGACCGCCUGCUCGUUUUCAGAUGGGGAAACGGGGCUCGGGGAGGAGACGAGACUUGCGGAAAGUCACUCUGGGCCUUCAACCUCCAGGGAGGCCUCUGCCCCGGGAGGCCUUCAGACAGCACUGGGGGCUGGCAGUUUUGUCGCUCGUCCUCCCUGCCUCGUGCCCUCCGGCCAGCAACUCCAGGCUGGGUCUCGCUGGCCCCUCAGGCUGAGGAGGGCUGUGGCCCAGCCCCAGAGCCAGUGGCCUGUGGGGGGGUGCUGGCCCCCACACCAGGGGUGCGAAGUUCCCUGGGUCCGUUUCUAAAACCAACGUGUACAGAAGAACUCAGUGCCGUCCCUGUUGGCUAUGACUGCCUUUUCCCCUGGAUGUCAGAUCUUUGCUCUCGAGGAAUCGUCAGGAAACGCCCUGGGCACCUCCUUAGCUGAGCUCCUGGUGUCUCCCAGCGGAUGGCAUUUCUGUCCUCAAUUUCUUGCAGUGUCUCCUCACCUACCGCUGUCACCAGCACCCCCGCCCCACCAAGAGAAUCUUGUGGAGAAAAAAGAAUUGGAGGCUUCACGGCGACGCUGAGCCCAUGGGGGACUCCCAGAAGCCCCUGCGCGCCGUUGCUAAGCAGAAGCUGCUGGAACCGGGAGGAGACCCUGACGACACGCCCGGGCCUGGGUGCUGGCGGCUGCAGCAUUCGAACCAGGCACAGCCUGGCAGGGAGGCCCGGUGAGGCGCCAGUCUUUUCCAGAAGUCUGGACACUUUAGUGCCGAGUUGGGCCUCAGGUCCCGGGGCCCUGGGCCCUGCCGUGUGGCCUUCCACAAGGCUCACCCUGCCCCAGCUUCAGUCUCGCAUCCAGCAACUGGGAAAGUUGGCGGGAGGGUCUCUCAGAAACGUGGCUCUCUGCCAGCUCCCCGCCAUCCGCGGCAGCACAGAGGGGACGUAGCUGACAAAGCGAGGGCCUUGGGGUGAGAUGGCAGUCUCUGCUGUGUAGAACCUUCUAGAAGACCAGGAGACUUGGCGAGCUGAGCUUCUGAGUGGUCUUGAAUGCAGGGCUGGUGUCAUGGGCAUGUGACCAGUAGGUCACACAGGGGCAUCACACUUGGGGAUUAAUGCUUUGCAGCCGCUGUCUUGAGGGCUGGUACCACACACUGGUUUCUAAAUCUCUUUGUUGAAGAAGAGAAUAGGGAAGAAAGCAAAAGGCAUACUUUCUUGCUUUCUGAACAAAGGGUCCUACAUUUUCAUUUUGCAGUGGGUCCUGCAAAUGAUAAAGCCAGUCCUGCCUGGGUGAGUUACUCACCCUCUUGGGCAUCCAGUUUCCUAUCAGUAAACCAGACUGUUGACAUUGUGUCUGCCCCUCCCUUGCUCACGGGCACGUUAUGAACAUGCACUUGGAUAAAAUUCAUGAAAGAGAUUUAGAAACCAGUGUGUGGUACCAGUCCUGGCCUUGGAGCCACAGCCCAUUUUCUGGACUGGCAUCCAAAGACAAUUCAGCCCCCUCCUCUAGGUUGAACCACCACAUUCAAGGCACUGUCUCCCCUCAGUAUUGUCCCUGGGUGUCAUGUCCUAGAACUGAAGCCCCAGGCUACAAACCCCCCAUAGAUACAGACCAGAGGUAUAAGCACCCAGGGAGAUUUAAUUAAGAAUCCAGGCACGUUGUGAAGUGGAAAUACACUAGCCAGCCCAAGAGCUGAGGCCUUGCAGUGUGUAAAGACCAGUCCUUGAUUUCUGCACCCAUCUAUUUGAUUUUCAGGUGGGGCCCAGGAGCUCAACACAAAGAGCCAGUACCAAGGAGGGUGGGUGCCCAUCAGGUUUGGUUUGAGAGACGUCACCCUCUUGGGAAUGGUAAGAAUCCUGGUUCCACCUACACUGUCAGAGGGAAGGUGUCCCCAUUCCAGAAUGAUUUUCUAAGCUGCCAUCAUGGAGGUUUCAAGUGCGGCCUUCAGUCUGCUGUGUCUAAUGUUUGAGGAUGCAACUUCCCAAGGGUUAAAUGGGUCCAAAGUAGUAUCCUGUCAUAUUCUGUAAAAAGUGGUACCAUUUGUAGAAUGGAGUGAAUGAAUAAGUCAGUUCAGAUCAAGUUGCCUCAAAUAGAGUCCGAACAUGAAAUUUCAUACUCAACAAUGUCAUUUCAGGAUCAGGAGAAAUUAGAUGACUCUCAUUUUGGUUUCUACAGCUUUUCCCCAACAGUGGAUGGUCUGUCUAUCAUAUUAAAAUUUGGGGUUUUUUUAGUUUAGUUCAUCUAGUCAUUUUGAAUGAUGUCUUCUGGCUCCAGCUCAACUUCCUAGAGGUAAUUCAUUAGGCCUGAGAGCCGCUCCAGAGUGGGAUUAGAACCCGUGUAAGUACAUAGUCACGUUAAACUGAGAUCUGCUAAUUAAUCGCUUUUCUCUGUGUAACUGAGCGAUAGCGCUCCUUCCCCGAGGAAUUGCAAUUUCAUGGUUCCUAAUGAUGGUGCGAUUACAUUAUCUGGAUCACUUAGGCUGUGGGAGUCAGCAGCGGUGCUCGGAGCCUGUCUCGGGGGUGGGGAGAAGUCACUCCUAAAACCAAGGGGGUGGAGGAAACGAGUUAGAAUUUCUGUUACUAAUUUCCAUUAACGUGCUGCUGUUUCUUACGUCUCAUUCAGGCAUUAGCUUUGAGUUCCGUUUUCCCCCAGUUCUGCAAUGCAUCCUUCCCCAGAACCCUCGUGUUUCUUUUCUAAUAUUCACAGGGUUAUUGUUUGUAAAAAUCUAUUUAUUUGCUGUGUCCCACGAAGUAAUUUAUUUCCAGCAUUUAUUUUCAUUAGAUUUCUUGGAAAUGUGGUUCUACAUAUCGUUAGUACAAGUAAUACAUUUUGAUUGUUGUUUCCUGAACUCACUUGUAUUAUUUGAUGAGUUAAAUAAAAUGCCUAAUUC